GUCAAACUAGAUUCUCCUGUGAAAAGAAAACCGGGUUCAUUCCCCGAAGAGAUUCGAGCCAACCAAAAGAAAACUAGCAGUAAGAAACGAAUAUCAUACCAUGAACAGCAGUAUCAACCUUUACGUGUGGAAAUCAAACCAACAAUGGAUUUAUGCAAUUUAUAUAUCAAAGGUUUAUCCUUGGCCAUGACCAGUACCGAACUCUUCAAUCUCUUCAAACCUUUUGGCCGUAUCAUCAGUGCACGUGUGAUGGACUCUGAUCGUGGUAUUUCAAAAGGAUUUGGUUUUGUCAGUUUCAGUCAUCCUUUAGAAGCAGCAUCAGCUUUAGUUCAUUUACAUCGACAAUACAGUAUUCAGUUCCAUGAACCCAAGAUGACAAGACCUGAUCAUGAUAUUUUACAACAAUAUUGGUGUUUGGCUCAUUCCUCUCUUGCUCCUUAUUUUUAUCCUUCUUCGUCUUUCCCUUCUACAUCUUCUUUGGUUUCAACUACCACUGAUCCUACCAUGAUACCUUAUUAUCUUUAUCCAUCACGUCAUUAUCCUUAUCCUCCUUCUACUCCCACUUCUUUUUAUUAUCCACCUACCCAUUCUUAUUACGCGUCUUCUUUUCCUCCAGCUGCAGAUAUUUACAUGUCACAUCAGUACCUUCCACCACCUUUACCACCAAUACAACAACAACAACAGGAUCAAGUCAUGACUGGAUCAUCAUCUCAUGUCACUCCACGAACUCGGAUGCAAUUAGCGGUACAACAAGCACUAGUCAAUGAUAAGGAACAACAAACUAUGGUGGAUAUGAUGAUGAUGUUGGAUCAAGCUGAACAACAAAAAUGUCUACAAGAUCAAGCUUAUUUGAAGGAACGUUUAGAUGAAAUCCGUCAAAGUCGAUAACAUACUUUAGUGUAGAUAAUAACAGUGAAUAGUGAUUUAUCUUUUUUUUUUUUUUUGAAUAU